UGUUCCCAGGCGUGCGGAUAUUUCCGCGCCGCGCGGACAUUCCCUAUACCCGCGCGGACAGCGUACGGACAAAAACCUUAUGGGAAAAUUUUUCCCUAUCUUAUUUUGUCCGUACGCUCGCCCGGCCCUGUCCGUGCGUCUGUUUAUCCGCUUUUCUUUGCAAUAUUUAUUACUUUUGCAGGACAUAGGUACUUGAAUGUCACAAGAGAUCAAGAGAACAUCAACAUCAUCAACAAAACAACAAAACAGCCGGAACCGGAAACGGAAUUCACGGAACACGGACGGAGCACGGAGCGGCACGGAUAUACACGAGCCUCCCCGAGUUCAUCCGGAGAGCGUACGGACAUUUUAAGAUAGGAGCACCUGGGAACACUGAAGGAAUUCCUCUUUUGCAUUCGCCAUCUUGUGUCUCUUGCGUCUCUGAAGUAAAAGCGUCAGUGUCCUUGUUAGAAUAGAAGUAACACCAUGAAUUGUGAAAAUAAUAAAGUUAAGUGAAAUGUGCCGUCUGCAGCAACUACUAUAUCUUACAAACGGAAGAAAUGUUUCUUUGACGGAUUUUCUCCUUUGGUAAAAUUGGAACUCAAAAUGUCAGACGCACAAGCACAGGCAGCUGAAUACGAGUCGUCCUUAGGGGACUUGACGGUAAACAGCAAGCCUCUAAUCAAUGUACUCACAAUGCUCGCAGAAGAGAACAUUGCUAUUGCUCCUUUGAUCGUCAAAGCUAUAGAAAACCACAUCCAAACGGUCUCUGGGGAUGUGAAGUUACCAGCUCUGUAUUUAGUGGAUUCAAUUUUGAAAAAUGUGGGCAAAGAUUACACAAAUCUGUUUCUGCGGAAUCUUGUUUCGAUGUUUUGCGGAGCUUUUGAAAAGGUGGACGAGAAGACAAGGUCUCAGAUGUUUAAAUUACGUUCAACUUGGACGAAUGUGUUACCACCUAUGAUUCUUUAUGAACUUGAUACCAAAGUUUGUACCAUCGAUCCAGCCUGGCCUGUGGGUCCACCGCCUCCUAUUCCGCAUAUCGCCUCUAGCAACAAUCGCAUUCAUCUCAAUCCAAAAUUUUUAAAUGCAACUACACCCUCACCAAGUGCUGCACCUAGUAAAAAAUCCAUUUUUUCUCCAACUCCAAUUGGAACUCCAUCUGUCGCCAAAACCCCAGAACAAACCAUGUCUGCCGAAGAAUUGAAAAUUCAGAAAAAGAAGCUGGCUGAAUUAGAAGAACUCAAUAAGUUUCUUGACUCAAAUAUCAAAGCAGGGCAGCAGCAGAUAAAGUCGAAGCAGCAGGUUGCCAGUUACCCUGUCGGAAUCACAAACAUUGAACAGCUUGAGAAACUGGUUGCCACUUGCGAAGCAGAGUUAGGAGCCCUCAUACUAAAAUGUUCAGAACUAUCCAAGUCUCCCAAAAAUAUGGAUGCUCUCAAAGAAGCUAUGCUGAAGAAAAAGCUUCUGACCGAUAUGCUCAAAACGUUGAAAAGGAAACAACCAGUUUCUUCAGCACCACUCACAACAGUCACAUCCAGCAAGCCAGUGGUUGCAUCAACAGCAGUUGCACCCCAUGCCUCAAGUUCCCUGGCAACAGACCUCAGUAGCUCUAGUCCUAAAUCUUUGGCUGUCCCUGUUCCUAGCAAAUUAGCAGCUUCAUCUGGUCAUAGGCAAGAGACGAUGAAUGUGGAUGAAGUUACCUCAAUCUCUUGUGACUCCACCUCGCUUUCAAAGCAGCAAUCGCCCCGAGCAAAGUCUGUGGCUGCACCCUCACAAGCCCCUCGUGUCGCAAUUAGCCCCGCUAGCUCUCUUCUCAUAAACGCUGCUCAACGUGUGAGGGACCCGCGUCUGAGGAAGUUAAAGGACAGCAAAUCGGGAGGAACGUCUCCUCCGGUUUCGUCUCCUGUAUCCUCACCUGCUGAAAGCAACUGCGCUAUCAACAAUGGUGCCCCCUCCAGUCCAAGGAAAGGGGUAGUGGAUGCUGCGAAGGAAGAAGCUGAUGCACUGAAACCUGAGAAAAGUACCGAACGAAGCAAAGAUAAGGAAAAGCGUAGGAAAUCGAAAAAGUCUAGUAAAACUGAUACACAUCCUUCUAGUCCUAAAGGAAGUCCAAAAACAGAUAAACUUGAGUCAGAAGAAAGUGCCAGUACAGAUCUCAAGAAGAGUUGCUCGGAUGAGCUCAUACAAAAAGCUAUGAGCAGUCCUGUGGUGGCCCCCGCACUCCUGAAGACCGAGAUGAUAUUAAAACCUCCUCAAGAUGUUGAUUUGCGAGUGCUGCCUACCUCACCCAAGAAAAGAGUGUCCGACAACAAAAGUGAAGAGCCACCUACAAAGAAAAACAAAGCUGAAAUGUACAACAUGUUAUUUGGAAAUGAGGAUGUGGAUCUCCGCCAGGAUGUCGAUUUAAGGCUUCCUGUAACAGGAGUCCCUCUACUUGUCUCUUCUAUAUCCGCUCCUACGCAACACUUAGCCACAGCAGCAGUGUUUGAUAGUUCAAUGACCAUGUCAACAGCUUCUUCUCCCAAGGCUGUUGCUCCCGUCACUAUUGCUCAGCGUCCGGAAACAUCCAAAACCAGUAAACCGUCAUCCAGCAGUACCUCAUCUCCAAAGCGAGAAUCUGCAAAAGAAUCUUCCCGUCCUAGUAGUUCUAAAUCAAAAGCAGAAUCCAAAAAGUCCUCUGAAAAAUCUGCUUCAUCUAGGAGAGCUAAAAAGUCACCAUCUCCUCCUCUAUCCAAGACGCCCUCUCCUCCUCCUCCACCCAUAAUAUCUAUGAAGCGGGACUCACCUCUCAAGGAGUCAACAAAAGAGAACUCUCGGUCAUGGGCUAAGUACAAGGAAGUGAAACCGGACAAGUUCAAGUCUCCGUAUAGAAUUCCAACGAAAAGAUUCAAUCCCAGGCUGGAACGCCCUAUCGAACCCAACAAACUAGAUCAUAUAAUUCAGCACCAGUCACCUCUAAGUUACCGCUCUGAGUUAGAUGCAGGCAAAGAAACUCGCAGCUACUUGGAUAAUCAACACCUAAAUAUGAACACGUAUCGCAGCUCAUAUUACACAGACAUGAAUCAUUCUAAUGACAUUUCGUCAAUCGGUGAGCGACGGCCUAAAACAAUGGCAGAUAUGAAAGCAGAACCUCUAGAUGAAGGGUCAAGAGCUCCUGAGCCAUAUCAGCCAGAACUUAGGAUGUCUGAACCAGUAUCUGUCAAGAUGGAACAAUGUCUUGAGCCUUAUACCUCUCCUAAAAUGGAAACAGAGCCUGGAUCAGAAGUUCCAGUGGUGCUUCCAGAACCUCCGAAACCACCAGCCACACUGCUGCCCCCACUCCCCCAACCGCCUCAACCACUCCCAAUGCCUCAACAUUAUCCAGCCCCUCUUCUUCAACCUCCAAUAGUGCCUGUCCGUCCAAUGGUUCAUCCUCAAGGUCCGUUGAGGCAUGAUCUAGUAGAUCAUCCCGAAAGAUCGCGGAUGAUGCUUGAUCACCCUGAAAGGCCAAGGAUGAUGAAUCACCAGGAGAGACCUAGAAUGAUGCUGGAUCAUCAGGAGAGGCAUCCAUUCCCAAGGCCUAACUUCAAUUUCAACCAUCAUCCUGGUAUGAGACCUAGUCAUUUAUUUGUUGGACCUGGGCGCCCACCUCUAAGACUAUCCUGUGAUUUUGCACCUACAAACCCCAAAUUGCUAGAAAUUUGUGCAUUAGAUGUAAUGACCACGAUCAACAUUGACGGUGUUCCUAGAGAGAUACGCUUUUAUGGACUGACAGCAGUUGUGUUUCUUUCAAAUGAUGAUCCAAGAGAAAUACGCUUCCAAGAAGGUUAUAGAAACGUUUUAUUCAAUGAUGAAGAUUCCAUACGAUUGAAAUUGAAUGACGAAGCUGUAGACUUUGAACUAGAUGGAAAAAUUCAUAAAAUUCGAUUAGGUGCUCCAACUAGAGAAUUAUAUAUAGAUGGUAAAGGAUUUUCUCUUGGAUGGAAUACUGAACCUACGCCAAUUUUUAUUGAUGGGAAAGAGCAUCAUGUCCAGCUAGAAGGUGAACCACCUCCAGUCACGAUCCUACCAGAAAAGCGGCUUGAUCUAGUCGCAGGGAAAAUAAAUUUGGUCGUCGAUGGAGAGCAAUUGAUAACAAUGUAUCUAGACUACAAACCACAGAGGUUUGACAUUGAUGGUGUACCAUAUGUGCUACAGUUUAUGAACGCUUUAAAAAGAGUGAAAAUCAACAAUCGAGUGUUCAAUACUGAUUUUGGGGGUAAACCGAAACCUUUUGUCUUCCAUGGAAUCAGACACUUCCUCCGGCUUUCAGCACUACCAAAAGGAAUUGUGCCGGGCGAAGUAAAACUGUAUGGCAUGGAGGACGUAGUCAGCCCCCCUGUUCCUCCUGCUGGAUCUCAUCCUCCGCUGAGACAGGAAGAUGGAGCACCUCAUCCAUCUUCAGAUCAUAUAGGUGAUAGACCUGAUCACAGACGGAUGUCUUCACGCCAUCGUUCAAAAUUAGGCCCUCAAGAUAAGCAUUUUGCUGUAGAGUCAAGGAAUGAACGAAGACCCAGGCAUGAAGUGGACAAACACAGUAAUAGUGGAGCGUCAGAUGGAUUCUCUGGAUCUCAUUCCACAUCUCACAGUAAAUCUAAUCAAGAUAAUGAAAACUCCAAUGAAUCUUCUACCUCAAGUAAAACUACAUCAUUCCUUGGAGAGUUACCAAGUUACUCUGUUACUGAGUUGGUCCAAAAAUUGUUUGCUAAAGGUAUGCUAGGUAAGGCUGUUGAAGAAAAGAAAGAAGAAACUCCCAAGGCUGUUGAUUCAGAAUUAAAGCAAGUAGAUUUCACGAAACCUGAAACAUUAAAAGUGAGGCAACCAGCAAUGAUCACCAAAUUGUAUUCAGGACAGCAGUGCAGCACAUGCGGUUUAAGAUUCUUAGAUGGAUUAACUGACAAAUACAGUCAACACUUAGAUUGGCAUUAUCGACAAAAUAGACGGAAAAAAGAUAUGGCACACACAGUUCAAAGUCGACAGUGGUACUACGAUAUAUCAGACUGGAUUCAAUUUGAAGAAAUCGAGAUCCUAGAAGAAAGAGCCCAGAGUUGGUUUGAGUCUCAGGUGAUCGAUGAAGAGGGCCGAGAGAUUCCAGGAGAACUGGUGAGUGUGCCUGCUGGUAGCGACUUAGCUGAAGGUGUCUGUGUACACUGCCAUGAUCCUUUUGAGUUGUUCUACCAUGCAGAAGCCGAAGAGUGGCAUUUUCGGCAUGCCAUUUGCGUCGAUAAGAAGUUGUAUCAUCCUGUUUGUCAUCAAGAUUGGCUGUUGUCAUUAGAGGUGGAGGCUGAAAAUGCACGUAAAGAGUUAGAAGAAUUAGAGACCAAGAAAUUAGAAGAAGAAAAGAAAAAGGAAGAAGAAAAGAGGAUAGAAGAAGAGAAAAAGAAAGAGGAAGAAAUAAAGAAAGAAGAAGAAUUGAAAAUGGAGGAAGAAAAAGGAAAAGAAAGUGUAUCAGUGAAAACUGAAGUGACAGAAAGCGACUCUGAAAUGACUGGUAAUGAUGCUGUGAAGUCAGAAACGGAAGUGAAAAUAGAGAGUAAUUCAGGCUCCGGUGCUGUGGAAGAGCUGGUCGUUACCAUCAAAGAGGAACCAAUGGAAAUUUCAGUUGAAGAAGGUGACUCCUCCAAAAUGAAAACAGAUGUUGACUCAGAGGCAACUGCAGAGCAGCCAAAAGAGGAGAUACUGGAGAAAAUGGAAACAGAAGACUCAGAUUUACAAACAGAAGUAGUUAUUGCUAACAUAGAAAUUAAAAAAGAAGAUACAGAUUUGAACGUGGUGGCAGAUUCCCAAGUUGAUACAACAUACGCUGGUGUCACCAGUUCUAUAGAUGGGAAUGUUGAAUUAAAAGAGUCCUCACAAGAGACUGUUCGAUCUUCUGGCAAGAUCAAAAUAAACAUCUCCAAACCAGUCCUUUCCCCUGCAAUCCCAGAGGAACCAGUUGAACCGGAGCCGAUGGCCGAAGAGUCUGAACCAAUAGGCGAGCCAGCAUCAGGUGUAACCAUUGACCCUAACGAACCGUUCCCACCUGGCCUCGAACCAACUGAACCUGUAGUUAAAUUGAAGCCGCGCUUAGUCGGUAGGAAGUUAACAGAGUACCCUCCGAUAUCCAAAGGCACUGAGCUCUCUGGUUUGUGUUCAAUCAUGUAAUUCAACUAGCGCAAAGGGACCUCAAAAUUCACAAGAUCUCAAGUGAUAAAAACACUAUUUAUUUUUACCAGCUAACUUGAAACUCGACGGUUUAAACCCAUGUGUGUCAAGAUUUAAUGUCACAGGUUGGACGGCCAAAGACUCAAACAGAGGUCACUCCCUUGACUCUCAUUGAGUGUAAAAGAACUUUUUUUUUUUUUGUUUUGCGUUAAUAUAGCAAUGCUCAUUUGGCUUGUCAAUAGUUUGAUGUGAGGAAAAAAAGAUUUUAGAAACCACACCGAGACAGAAUUUACUCAAAGUGACAUUUUGCACUCCUGCCAGGUAGAAUUUCACAUCAAAUAAUGAUAUAAGCCACUGUCAAACGAUUAUUUCCAGCAUAUUUCUACAUCAUUUUCUGAUGUCAUCUUGGUGGAAAAUUUUAGUCUGGUUGAAUCAAAAUGAAAUUUUCCUCUAGUCUUAUGCAAUAUUUUUAAAUGAGUUUUAAAAAAAUUCAAAACAAACAUUUUUAAUUUUUCACGCUGAAACAAAGUUAAAAUUGACUUUCUUUCAAUUCAAUACUGCUGCAUUUUACUUGUUGAUGAGCAUUACUCGAAGGAAGAAACUAUUGAAAAGUCAACUGAGCUUGCUUAUUAACUCACUGUAAGAUGUGAGUGUACUUAUUUUUUCUCAAUUAUUAGCUUCGUUUUUUACAUUAAAAUAUAUUUUUCUUGACAGGAAAGAGGCGGGGGAAAAAUAAGAAAAAGUUCAAGAGAAGGAACUUUAGUAAUGUACAUUCUCUUCUGAAAUUGACAGGUCCCAACAUUUUGAAAAUGUGGACUUGAAUGCAUAAAAUGUGGGGUGUGAAGUAAAGCCCAUAAAACUUGCAAAGUUAAGCUUUUUUUAAUUGCACCUCACUAAAAAAUUUUUGUUUCCUCCCACAAAAGAUCUUCAAUUUGCAUGUACGAUUAAAAAAAUAAUCUCCUAAAUUUUAGCAAAGAAAACUUUAUAUCUCAUAAAUUUUAUUUGUUAAUAACUUAGUCGUUUGAAAGUAGAGUAGUAAAACAGAUUUUGAGGGAUAUAUUACUGAAGCUAGUACACUCUUAUCUUACAAUGACAUCCAUUGUGUAAUGUUACUGCUGCAAAUUUUGUUAUACAUUUCUGACUGCAGUACAAGAUCCCUACAAUUUACUCACUGUACACUGUAAUGUAACUUAAUAUUUUCUCAUUAUCAAUUUCAUUUUUGUCAGACGUCAAAUCCAAAGUUAGUUGAAAAACUAAAAAAGUCUUGCUCGGAAACAUUAAUACUGUGGUCUGUCUUCAGUCCAGAUUUGUGUACAUUCUGAGCUUUUGAGACCCUAAAAAAAGAUUGCUUGGAAGAAGAGCUCACCUCGCUCUUCCUAAAUUUUAUAUCCUUUACUAAAAGCCCAGAACGUUCUCUUUUAAAACUUUAUUGCUCAAUCAAAUGCAAGCAAUCAAUGCAUUAAUGCAAUUUUAAUGAUUCUUAAAAAAGUUGAGCGCCCGGAAGUGCUGUUGACAGAUGUAUGGAGAUUUCAGAAAGAGUAUCUAAUACGAUAAAAAUGAAAGGAAUUGACAUCCCAAAAAUACAGCGUAUUCUUCUCAGUUUUUAUCAUUUGAAAUAUCUCAAAUGCGCAGUACAUCAAUUUUAUCAAAUCUUUUCAAGUUUCAGGAGUGACACCUGAAACUGGUUGGCUCCAUUCUCGAAUCUCUGUUACGUUUUUUAAACUUAUUUUUUUUGUUUAAAUUGUAUGAAAGUGAAGAAAAUGAAGUUAGAGAAAAUUACGUAACUCUUUCCAUCAGUUUGAUAGAAAGAAAAAUUUAAGAAAAGGGGGGAAAACAUAUGUUUAACGUAAACAAUUUUGUUUUACAGCUGUCUUUUCCUUCUUUUUUUAAGUUUUUAUUCUAUUUAUAUCAUAAUUGUGUCUGACAGUGAUGUUGAUAGUCCAAGUGCAAAACUAUUGUGAUGUUCAGAAAUCUGUGCUCCAAUAUUAUUUUUUCAAAGAGGAGCAUGUCAAUUUUAUAGUUUAAAAUUAAUUCAGAAUAUUCUGCUAACAGAGACUAAAAACCAAGGAAGUUUUCAAGAUAUUAAGUUGACUUUUUUUCCAAAGAGAAGAUAAAGUAUGACUUGAAGUCCAGAACAUUGCAAACGGAGUUAUGUGUUUCGCACUUUGGCCAUUGAUAUAAUCCACUCUUGCAGCUCCUUUAACUAGUGUGUUCUUUUGUCUUGCUUAGGCUCAUCCCAUUGGUUGUAAAUUUUUGCUCAAAUGUCUCAAUUUCAGAGAUUUAGAUUGUAUGUACUGAUGCUGAAAUGACAAGCCUGCAAAUUUUGGGUCAAAAUUGUUUCUGAACUAAAAAAAAAAGAACUCUGGUGUAUUUUCAAGAGAUCAGUUUGGAAUAAACAUCAAAAAUAUCCUAUCGCCCAAAAAAUGUCUGGAAAAUAUGAUCUUCUCUAAAAAAAGUCCUUCUUAUAGCAGAGAGUUCAAAGUCUCUGGAAAAUCCUGACUUGAUUGAAUUUAUUUGAUAUUUUUCCCAAACUCAAUUCAAAAAAUUAGAAAGGACUGCCUAAUUAUCUCAAAAAAUAGACAUGACCCUAAAUUUGUAGGUCCAUGCAAUCGUAUUAUCAGUCAGUUUUAAGAAUCAUGUAACAAUUUUUAGGCCUUAUCUUGGCUUUAGGCACUAAUUCACUGAAGUUUGAAGAAAACCAUCAUCUUCUCCAAUCAUUGUUUGAAGUGGAUCAUUCUUCAGUAUUGUGUAAAGACCUCAAGCACUGAAUAUUUGAACAUCAUCCUCCCAGAAUUGAUUGUUAUCCUGUUGCUGAGUCGUACAUGUUUUUCUUUUCCUUUCCCCCCCUCUCUCUCAUUUAUUUUUUCUUUUCUUUUUUUUACUGCAAAGUGUGCUUUUUGGUCUAGGAAUUAGUUAAAAUGAUUUCAAAAGAAGUUAUACUUUCUUUGUGUUUUUCCUUGCUGAUUCUAAUCACUAUUUAUGGAGAAAUAAUAAUUGUGAUUUAAUUUUUACAUGAUAAAAUGUCAAUGUGAUAUAUUUUUGUGAAUUUCUCUA